GUUGCACUUCAAACUCAUGGACAACGCCUGCAUGGGCGCUACCUAAUCCCUUUGCGACCACCCACGAGCAGCCCUGUCGAACGUUUGUUGCUCUAAGAUGCUAUGAGACCCUCAUUGUCUGACAGCUUUUUGCAGACAGCGGUAAGUUGCAAGCGGGGUGCUUUUGGGAGGAGGUGAGGUGGGCCGUCGUAGAGUGUCUGAUAAUCGGGGGGCAAGCACCAGACAAUAAACCAGUUUGAGGUCUGUUUUGGUGGUUCCUAAUGCCGCCAGCUGGCAGCGAAAUUGACGUUGACGGGGACAGAAUGAUGCUGCUGGCCAAGGCGUCCCAGCGGGGCACUGCCGGUGCAGAGUCCCCCCUGGUGAUGAGCAGGGACCUGGAGGCAGGGGCCAGCGAGGAUAUGCAAUGCCGGAUAUGCCUCGAGUCAGAAAACUGUCACGAUUUCAUUGCACCAUGCCGCUGCAAGGGCACUCAAAAGUACGUCCAUCGAGAGUGCUUAGACCAGUGGCGUGCCAUGAAGGAGGGCUUUGCGUUUGCGCACUGCACGGAGUGCAAGUCGCCCUACAAGCUGCGGGUCCACAUCCCGGAGGACCGGCGGUGGCGCGUUAUCAAGUUCAGGUUCUUUGUGACGCGGGACAUUCUGCUGAUAUGUACAGUGGUGCAGCUGGGCAUCAUCGCCCUUGCCUACAUGAUUUAUGGCCUGGACCUAUUAGGGGGAAGCUCCCUUCAGAAAGCGUUCUGGAGUGACAAGCCUGCAGCCCCCUUCUACUACUGCUGUGGUGCGGGCCUCUUCUUCAGUCUCCUCGGCCUCUUUGGCUGCUGCUACAGCCUGUGCGGCAGCGAGCGGGGCCAUUUGCCCGACUGCCGCAAUGGCUGUCCCUGCGACUGCCACGUCCUGCCCAACGUGUGCCUCUGGACGGACUGCCAGGGCUUGGCGGAGUGUGGCUCGUGCGCGGGGCUAGGCGCGGAGGGCGCGCCCCUGCUGCUCGUGCUGGCGGUCGUGGUCGUCAUGCUCUUUGCAGUGGCCGGGGUGUUUUACAGCUUCUUUGUAGCGACUGUGGUGGUGCAGCGGGUGUGGCAGAAGCACUACCACGUGCUGGCCAAGAGGUUGCUUGCAAAGGAGUACGUGGUGGAAGACCUGGACGAGGGGCAUGCCGCCGGCGAGACAUUGCCGCCUCUUACUGCUGAGCAUGUCCAACAAUUAAAACAGCUUGGCUUGCUUUAGGGCACGCCGACUCACCAGGAUCUUUGUGUACAUAACGAAUCAUGAAAACGACAAUAUUUCUAGUGCUCUUGAUGCAAAUACGGACUCGCCACGCCAAACGGCGAAAGCAUUGUAGUCAAAGAAAGGCAUCAUGCCGCUGCAAAGGAAAUGUAGAUAUCAUUAGUAGGGGUGCCCUGCGCCUUCUUGGCCUGAAUAUUGAUUAGUCAAAAAUACAGAAUGUCGUUUUUGCCAAACAGAAGCAAGUUCUGACGGUGGACUACCAAUCUCGUUGUGCACAUGUCCG